CAACGGCCAGAAACCACUUUAUUUAUCAAAGCAUUUAUUGAUGAAUGGAAUCGUGUGCGGCCGAAUGAACGAUUGUUUUAGUUUCGAAUGAUACAUUUAAAUUUUAAAAUCUCGUUCUAUGUUAUGUUAACAUAUUUUUGGAUAAUGUUAACAUAAUUUGACGUAAUGACUUCAUUUGAAGUGAAGAGAUACAGGCAGUAUUAAUGCUCAUCGCCGAAGCGAUGUAAAACUAUAAUGCACCGCACCAACACCAGCAGCACAUUAGACAGAGACGGCAAAUCAAAAUGGCCGCAGAAUGGCUGAACUGUUAUGUUAACAGUUGUUUUUGGGAGAUUAAAGAUAUAAUCUCCAGAGAGUGAGAGAGCAAGUGGGUAUGCGAGAGGGCCAUAAGAUACACAGACACACCACCAUCACGCACUAAUGAAGUUGUUCCAGUCGCAUAGCCAUCAGAUUGAAAAUGAUCUUCGGGUGAAUAGCACGUUCCGUCGGAUGAAUUUUUUGGUUUUGGUGUCGGUCGUUUCCGCAAGUUUUCGACGAAUUUGUAAUGAAAUUGUUUAAAAUAAUUUGAAAAGCGAACAUAUACUCAACUUCUUAACAAAAAAAAAAAAAAAACAGAUCCGCCGGGUGUUUUUAAAUAUCAUCUCAUCAACAAUCUAUCAUCCUCGCCUUGAUUGAAAUGACGAAAAGUAAAGUGAAGUGAAUGCAACGAAAGGGAAAGAAAGAAAAAAUAAUAAAUGCAUAAAAAAGUGGUUUGCAAAAGAGAAAAAAUGCAUAUGGUUGUCACUUUUUUUUGGUUUUGUCUUUGGAAAAUGAUUUUAAAUAGUGUCUUUAACUGCACUGUGUAAAAAUCCAUAAAUUAGAUGGCGUUUUUGUCAAAUUUUAAGAAGAACAAUUUGUUGUGUGUGUUUUGAAUAUUGAAGAUAUCAAAUAAGCGUAAAGAAUAAAAGAGCUAAAGCGUAAUAGUGGAUGAGAUACCCGUCGCCUACACUAGUGUGCGGGAGAGAUGGAAAGAUAGAGAGAGAGUGAGCAAGAUUUUGAGAGAGCGCAGAGUUGGAUUAACACAAUGUUUUUUUUAAUUCAAUGAAAAUAAAAUACAAGCGUGACAAAACACCACAAUUAACGAAAAGCUAAAGCUUAAACUAAAACAAAACAAAUCGAUCAUCUCGGACCUCCAUUACCACAAAAACAGUUGGUUGCAUUGCCCGCGAAUCCCUUAGCCAAAUUAUUCAAAGUGAGUGCUGUCUGUUCGUCGUUUGGAGGCAAUUUCCAAUAACAAUUGAUUGAUGAAAAUUAUACAACGACAACCAAACACAGCAUUCAGCCCACAACAGGGCGCUCACAAGUAUUGUGCCCAAAACUUGGCAUCACUGUUUGCAGAAAAACAAGGAAUAAAAUAACAACACAUUGCGCAUAGUCGCACUUACUUGGAAAUAUGGUUGUGCCCACAAUGGAUAGUCUGCCCCGAGUCCCAGACACCCACGGUGAUGUGGUUGACGAGAAGCUAUUUUCCGAUCUGUACAUUCGCACAACAUGGGUUGAUGCCCAAAUAGCCCUGGAUCAAAUCGACAAGGGUAAAGCUCGCGGCAAUCGUACGUCAAUAUACCUGCGCUCAGUAUUCCAAUCACACCUCGAGUCAUUGGGAUGUUCAGUACAAAAGCAUGCCGGCAAAGUUCUGUUCGUAGCCAUUCUAGUAUUAAGCACGUUCUGCGUUGGCCUCAAAAGCGUUCAAAUUCAUUCAAAAGUGCAUCAGUUGUGGAUACAGGAGGGUGGUCGUUUGGAGACAGAGCUGGCCUACACACAGAAGACAAUUGGAGAAACGGAAAGCUCGACGCAUCAGUUGUUGAUACAAACGGGGCAUGAUCCCAAUGCAUCCGUGCUGCAUCCGCAGGCGCUGCUGACGCAUCUGGAGGUGCUGAAGAAAGCGACUGCCGUCAAGAUACACAUGUUUGAUACCGACUGGAGUCUGAGGGAUAUGUGCAACUCGCCGACGACGCCUAGCUUUGAAGGGCCCUACUACAUAGAACAGAUUUUCAAACACUUGAUACCAUGUUCGAUAAUAACACCUUUGGAUUGCUUCUGGGAGGGGAGUCAAUUGUUGGGCCCCGAAUUUCCUGUCCAAAUACCAGGCAUGGACAAACGUAUUACGUGGAGUUCCCUGAACCCCUCACAACUCAUGCAGUCAAUGAAGAAACAAAUGAACGACCAAAAGAUACCCUUCGAUUUUGGCACCAUCGAGCAGUACAUGAAACGUGCGGCAAUCACUUCGGGCUACACUGAAAAACCCUGUCUGAAUCCAAAGGAUCCUGAAUGUCCGGAAACAGCACCGAACAAGAAUAGCGAUUUUCCCUUGGAUGUGGGCGGUAUUUUGACGGGUGGAUGUUAUGGCUUCGCUGCCAAAUAUAUGCAUUGGCCGGAAGAGUUGAUCGUGGGUGGAGUUCAGCGCAAUCGCACCGGGCAUUUGAAAAAGGCCAAGGGUGUGCAAACUGUAGUGCAGUUGAUGACUGAAAAGGAAAUGUACGAUUUCUGGAAUGAAAACUACAAAGUCCACCACAUAAGCUGGACACCGGAGAAGGCAGCCGAGGUGUUGAAUGCUUGGCAAAGAAAUUUUUCAAAGGAGGUGGAAAACAUAAUGAGCAGCCCGGGAAUGUCGAAGAAGUACGAAGUGUAUGUGUUCUCGUCAGCCACUCUGGAUGACAUUUUGGAAAAAUUCUCUAACCCGAAACCCUUGAGUAUUCUGAUUGGUGUGAUCGCUACCGUCAGUUAUGCAUUCUGCACAUUGAUUCGUUGGCGAGACCCCGUGAAAGGUCAGUCCAGUGUGGGGGUGGCUGGAGUAUUGCUGAUUGGAUUUUCCACUGCGGCUGGCCUGGGUUUGUGCGCAAUACUGGGUAUUGUUUUCAAUGCAGCCAGUACACAGGUGGUGCCCUUUUUAGCCUUAGGUCUUGGAGUGGAUCACAUUUUCAUGCUAACGGCCGCUUAUGCCGAGAGCAGUCGAAAGGAACAAACCAAAUACAUUCUGAAAAAAGUUGGACCCAGUAUUUUGUUCAGUGCAAGUGCAACGACAGGAGCAUUUUUCGCUGCUGCCUUUAUACCGGUGCCCGCGCUGAAAGUUUUCUGCCUCCAGGCUGCGAUUGUUAUGUGCUUUAAUUUGGCCGCUGCCUUGUUGGUAUUUCCUGCCAUGAUUUCUUUGGACCUUCGAAGAAGAACUGCCGGAAGAGCCGAUAUAUCCUGUUGUUGUUUCCCCAUAUGGAAGGAGCGUCCAAUUGGUAACGAGCAACAUAUAAACAACAAUUCAAUGAGGGGGGUCGGCAUUAACAACAGGCUACAGAAUUCGGCAACUGCAACGUCCAAAAUGUCCAACUCAAGAGCAUCGUCGGCUACAAGCACAAGUGCACAGGAAGAAGCCCUGCUCUCGUGUUCUGCGGAAAAGCGUCUUCCAUCAUUUUCUUUGGCAGCAUUUGCUACGAAAUAUUAUACGCCAUUCCUCAUGAAGAGCUGGGUUAAAUUUAUUGUUGUUAUGUCGUUUGUUGGAACCAUCAUAUUCAGCUUGUAUGUCUCGACAAAACUUCAAGAUGGCUUGGAUUUGAUCGACCUGGUACCCAAGGAAACCAAUGAGUACAAGUUCCUAAAUGCCCAGACAUCGAUGUUUGGCUUCUACAGCAUGUACGCAGUGACCCAAGGCAAUUUUGAGUACCCCAACAAGCAACGCCUUCUGCAUGAGUACCACGAAGCUUUUGUUCGAGUGCCGCACGUAAUUAAAAAUGACAACGGCGGUUUGCCCGAUUUUUGGUUAUCCUUGUUCCGCGAUUGGCUAAGGAACUUACAAACAAUUUUCGAUCGUGAGUAUAAAGAUGGCUGCAUCAACGCAGAAGGAUGGCAUGCAAAUGCGAGUAGUGAAGCUAUAUUAGCGUACAAGCUGCUAGUUCAGACGGGCAACGUAGACAAUCCGGUGAAAAAGAGUAUUCUGCUGCAGCAUCGUCUAGUCGACAACGAGGGCAUAAUAAAUCCCAGAGCAUUCUACAACUAUCUAUCGGCCUGGGCAACGAACGAUGUAUUUGCUUACGGUGCCUCCCAGGCCAAAUUACAUCCUGAACCGCGGCAAUACUAUCAUGUGCCUACAGAAUACGAUUUGAAAAUUCCAAAAUCCUUGCCUUUAGUUUACUCACAGCUGCCGUUCUACCUACAUGGCCUGACUGACACCUCAGAAAUAAAAUCUCUAAUCAGUCAUAUAAGGGAUCUGAGUAUUCGCUUUGAGGCGCGGGGUCUUCCCAACUAUCCAUCAGGAAUUCCUUUCAUCUUUUGGGAACAAUAUAUGACACUACGAUCAUCAUUGGCCAUGAUCUUAGGUUGCUGUGUUGUUGCGGCUUUUAUACUUGUGUCCAUACUACUGCUGUCAAUGUGGGCCGCAGUUUUGGUCAUAUUUAGUGUUUCGGCUUCAUUGGCCCAGAUAUUUGGGGCCAUGACCUUGUUGGGAAUUAAAUUAUCCGCGCUGCCGGCAGUUAUCCUUAUCUUAAGCGUGGGCAUGAUACUAUGCUUUACUGUGCACAUAACACUGGGUUUUAUGACCUCAGUUGGUAAUCGGGAACGACGAAUAUUACUCUCAAUGCAAGUCACUCUGGGACCACUUACACACGGAAUACUUACGUCAACACUAGCCGUGUUUAUGCUGUCGACCUCACCCUUUGAAUUUGUCAUCCGCCACUUCUUUUGGCUGCUGUUGGCGGUAUUGUGUGUAGGAGCCUUCAAUAGCUUGAUAGUGUUUCCCAUCAUAUUGAGUAUGAUCGGACCUGAAGCUGAAUUGGUGCCGCUAGAACAUCCAGACCGUAUAUCCACCCCAUCGCCACAAAUGACACGAAGCAAUAAACGUCUAAAUAAGAACAUUGCAAUGGGUUCGUCAUCUCGAUCAUCGUCACGUUCGUGUGCGAAACAACACUAUCUUCACAAAGAUAUCAACGACCCCUCACUGACAACAAUAACUGAAGAACCACCCUCAUGGAAAUCUUCCAAUUCGUCGAUACAGACAAACAAUGAAUGGGCAGGAGGCAUGCCAGGACAUUAUGGCAACAAUCUCAAUUAUGGCCGUCAUACGCCCCCACCACCGAACUUUAUGCGCCAACAGCCAUCGCAAUCUGCUCGCCACUAUUAUAACCAGCAACAGAAUUAUCCCACACAUCCUACACCACCACCUCAUUACCACCACAACCAUCAACCACCACCGCCGCCACCAGCCUCAUCAAGGCGAUGCUCAAGUGCUGCAUCGGACGGCUCUCAUCGUUCGCAUACUGCAAAUGUAAAUAACAUCAACGAUGGCAUGAACAACUUUCCGCCCGAGCUGCAGAGCAUUGUUGUACAACCGGAAGUUACCGUCGAGACACACCACUCUGACACAAACACCACGAAAGUGACGGCCACAGCGAACAUUAAAGUAGAAUUGGUAACGCCUGGUAGAGCAGUACGCAGCUACAACUUCACAUCAUAGCAAUAAGGAACCACCACCGCCCGCCCCUACAGUGAUUCCCUCAUCCCAACACACCUCUGUCCCGCCAAUUAGAUAAUUUUAAAUUAUUUAUUUAAACAAUACCACUGUACAUUAUUACACACUCCACAUGUAAAUAUCAAUCGAAUAACACAAAACACAUAGAAACUAUAGCCAAUGUCCAAUGCUCAUAUUUAGAUAGACCUGAACCUGACAUUAAGCCAAAAAAAGGCGCAUGCAUGUGCAAGCGAAUGGAUUUUAUAUAUAUAUAUAUAUACAGUGACGACACGAAGGCACCGAUUGCGGUCAAAUUGAUUAUGGCGGCGACGACGCUGUUUUAUUAAAUGCACUGAUUGCUCAAACUCCUACUAUAUAAAUAAUAUAGCUUAUCAUUUAACGAGAAAAUAUCGGUCUAACCUUAGGUUAACAUCGAGUAUGUACAGAUAUGUAGGUAUUUUUACGCUUCCUAUAUAAUGUCAUUUUUAUCAAGUUUACUACGCCUAAAACCCCAAACGUUUGUACAUAUCGUGUAUUUAAUUUAAUAUAGCGAAGAGCCCCCACACACACGAAGCCACUCUUAAGAGUUGGUUUAUUUUUAAUCAAAUACCCGAUAGUAUUCUACAAAUAUAUACACCCGUAUUUAUGCAUAUGUACAAAUUUUGUACAAUUAUAUUGUACUGUUAUCCCCAACGAUUGCAUUUUAUUUUUUGCUUCGAUCCAAUAUAUCAUUCGCAAAUAUUGUAUAUAGUUUGUUUUAUUGUUUAAGUGUUCCCUAGAAAUAUUAUUUAUAUACAAAAUGUAAAUUUACGUAUCGCAUUUCCUUCCU